AUGUGUGGCAGUAGCUCUACCACAAGUGCACAUUCGCGAAGAUUAAGUGAGAUUCUAGAUUAUGAUGAUCACUUAAUACCACUUUCAUUAACCGAGACACAACGACGUCCUACACACCUUGAAAAAGAAGUGACGUUUUGGAAUGGGGUGAGUUUGGUUGUUGGCUUAAUGAUUGGUUCAGGGAUAUUUGCUUCGCCUGGACCUGUAGCGGAACAUGCUGGCUCCGUAGGAAUGUCUUUGAUGGUGUGGUUGGCGUGCGGUUUGUUAGCUUGCACUGGCGCGCUUUCAUAUGCGGAAUUGGGCGCGGAAAUACCCCUUUCAGGAGGGGAUCAUGCUUAUUUAUCGCAUGCAUAUGGUAGUUUGCCGGCAUUUUUAUUUAGUUGGACAGCAAUUACGUGUCUAAAGCCAGGAAGUAAUGCGAUCAUUGCCAUGAUUUUCGCCGAAUAUAUUAAUCGUAUUAUUUAUCAUACCGCCUUCGAAAAAGAAACUGAUCAUCCGAGCAAUGAAACUCAUCAAUGGUUCAAUAAAAUAAUGGCAUCGUUCUGUAUAUUGAUCGUCUCGUUCAUAAAUGUGUAUAGCGUGCGUUUAGCCACCCGUACUCAGGAUUUUUUCACGUUAGUGAAAUUAAUUGCGCUUGCAGUCAUUGCAAUAAUUGGCUUUGUGGUAUUAGGAAAAGGUGGGAUAACGGAGAAUUUCGAGGGAGAUCUGUUUGCGGAUAGUUCGGAAACUUUAGGAGAUUACGCUCUAGCUUUUUAUUCAGGACUUUGGGCUUACGAUGGCUGGAAUAAUGUAAAUUUCGUUGCUGGGGAAAUGAAAAAUCCUUCGCGUGAUUUACCACGCGUUAUUAUGCUCGGCCUACCGAUGGUGAUAGUAUUUUAUUUGCUGGCAAAUGUAGCAUAUUAUGCUGUGCUACCAUCAAAUAUUGUCAAGAAUACGAACACAAUUGCAUUGGAUUUCGGCAAAAAGAUUUUCGGUGCAACAGGAGGCUUAUUAUUUGCCUUAUGCGUAGCAGCUAGUUGUUUUGGUGCAGUAAAUGGAAGUAUAUUCACCGGUGGACGUGUUAUCUACGUAGCAAGUCGUGAGGGAUAUCUUCCCUCAGUUUUUGGUAAAGUACAUCCGAAAUGGAAUACUCCGACAGCUGCAUUAGCCAUGCAAGCUUCCUUGACAAUCUUAAUGAUUCUCGCGGGUACUUUUGCGACACUGGUCAAUUUCUAUUCGGUUGCCGCUUGGGUGUUUUAUUUUCUGACGUCUUUCGGAUUGUUGAUUCUGCGGUGGCGUGAACCCGACUUACCAAGACCAUAUCGCGUCUGGAUAACUACACCGAUCAUUUUCUGUUGUGUUGCCGUGUUUCUUGUGGUUAUGCCGUUUAUUCGAGUUCCACUCGAAUCCUUGGCUGCAUUAGGUUUUAUUUCGGCUGGAGUUCCUUUUUGGAUCAUUCGUGUCAAACACAAAGAUACGUUUUCGAUUCGAGGAUUCAAAAACUCCGUAACUAAUAUCUCGCAACGUCUUCGUAUAUGGCGUACGAAACAAGAGUAUCGAAAACAGGAAACGGUCGAAAUGACAUAG